UGUAACACCUUAUAUAUAUGAGAUUUCAGAUGGCAAAAGAAUUCAAUGAGAAGUCGGGUAUUUCAGGACAUAUUCCACUCGGAAGCUUUAAUGCCAUGUUCAAUUUCACUGGUUCCUGGCAACUUGACGCAGUGGUUACAAAAUCUCUUGCAAUGAUCGGACAUGUGAUCCCCUUAUAUAUGGUUAAAUUAGCAAAACCAGAUUUAAUAUUGAAUGAGGAAGUCAAGCGUGCUGUUCCUUACUCGUGGGAUCCUGCAUCCUUGGCAAGCUUUAUUGAAAAUUAUGGCACCCAUGUUGUUACUUCUGCAACGAUUGGUGGAAGAGAUGUAGUUUAUAUCAGGCAGCAUCAGUCAUCUCCUUUGUCAGCAACGGACAUUGAGAAUUAUGUGAAAGACAUUGGAGAUCAGAGGUUUUCAGAUUCGAAAAGCCAGUCCGUUGCCCCCUUAAAAUAUAAGGACAAGGAUGUUACAGUCAUUUUUAGAAGAAGAGGAGGUGAUGAUCUUGAGCAGAGCUAUAGCAAGUGGGAAGAGACUGUACAAACAGCACCAGAUGUGAUUAACAUGACAUUUACUCCUAUUGUUUCUCUGCUUGAAGGGGUACCUGGAAUAAAGUAUUUGGCUCGUGCAAUUGAGUUGUAUUUGGAGUACAAGCCCCCAAUUGAAGAUUUGCAGUUUUUCCUGGAAUUUCAAAUUGCUCGAGUUUGGGCUCCAGAACAAAAUAACCUUCAAAGGAAGGAGCCUGUUUGCCCAUCCCUUCAGUUCAGUUUGAUGGGUCCCAAACUUUAUAUAAGUCCCGAUCAGGUAACAGUUGGGCGUAAGCCAGUCACUGGACUUAGACUCAGCCUAGAAGGCAGCAAGCACAAUCGACUUGCUAUCCACUUACAGCACUUAGCUUCUCUUCCCAAAAUCCUUCAACCUCACUGGGACUCACACAUGGCCAUAGGCGCACCCAAAUGGCAAGGUCCUGAGGAGCAGGACAGCCGUUGGUUCGAGCCGAUCAAGUGGAAGAACUUUUCCCAUGUCAGCAGCUCACCCAUUGAGCACACCGAGACUUGCAUUGGAGAUCUCUCUGGCGUUCACAUCAUCACCGGGGCUCAACUCGGUGUUUGGGAUUUUGGAGCCCGAAGUGUCUUACACCUCAAACUUCUCUUCUCGAAGGUACCUGGAUGUACAAUAAGGCGAUCUGUAUGGGAUCACAGCCCCUCCAACGCUUCCACUAGUGCUUCUACAUCGAGCGAGAGAAGCGCUGAUGAUAAAAGAGGAGACAGUUCGAGCCAGAUUAGCAAACUGGCAAAAAUUGUGGACAUGACAGAAAUGUCGAAGGGCCCACAAGACGUUCCUGGUCAUUGGUUGGUUACGGGGGCUAAGCUAGGUGUAGACAAGGGAAAGAUUGUGUUACGCGUGAAGUAUUCCUUAUUGAACUACUGAUAAAACCUUUUUUUUUCUGUCAACUCGUCUCAGUAGAGUGCAUUGUCACAUUCUUUUUGCACAGUUGUUCUUGUUCUUCUGUACAUUAGUUUUGAUUAUUAUUGUUAUAAUUCUUUUUGUUAGUUUCUUUUGUUUUCAUCUCUUUUUUGGUUUUCUAUUAUUCGAAUCAAUGGAUGGAGUAAAAAUGUUCUUUU